GCAGUAUUGAUUAUGCUUUUCGUACUACGAGAUCGCAGAGCCUAGAGAUAGACGGACUGCGCGUGAUCGAUGUCUCCAUAGUACACGAGGAAGAAGAUGCCAUGUCUCCGGCACAGGCAUUAGCGAGGCAGCCACUAAAUAGAAUUGUAGGGAAAAAUACAAGUCGUGGUCUACGUAUUGGAAGUUCAGAUCCAGUGGGUCCAGCAGGUCUAGCUUCAGGGAUCAUAGAAGAGCAUGAUGGAGGAGAUGAAGAGCAUGCUGGAGGAGAUCGAGAUGAUAUCAGAGGGGUUUCUUCUACGCUGGGAGAACAAGAAACUUUAGUGCAUGAAGAUACGUGUGACUCCAUUUUUAUCUUAGAAACGCAGGAGGCUGACGUGUCGACUUCGCAACCGAUUCGGCAUUCGGUUGCCAAGAACUGCGUGAACGCAUCUGUAGCUGGAUCAGCAGCAGCACGUGGGGAACAACCUCAACAGGGCGCGAGGGGAAUGUCCCUUGAUGAGCAUGUGAGAGUCAACACUGAUGUUGAUCAAGAUCAGACUCAGAAUGUUCAGAAGACAGUAGCCUCCGAAGAUCCACCACCACAACUACUUCAGAAACCACCAGAAGCACACGCACCAGAAGCACACGCACCAGAAGCACACGCACCAGCAGCACUACGAGAAUCAGUACUUCGACAGUCUGCAACAACUCUAACUUCAGCAGUGCAACAGCCGUCGACAGAGCAGGAGCAACCUGUGAUCAAGGGGGACGUCGCACUCGUUUCCAGACCUCAUCGGAAGACGAUCAGUAGUGUCUAUGGUGGGCACAGUAUCAAUCCUUCCUCAAGGAAAGGUCGCUAUGACUCAGAUAGUGAGGCUGGAUCCUGCCGGAAGAAUUUUGAACCGGACCUCGUAGGAGAGGUUCUUGAUUUUGACGACGAGGGUCGCGAUGUAGAUGGAAGGACGAAGGUAGGCGUAGAUGGAAGGAAUGUAGAUGGAAGAACUGAGAGGAGGGCGGCGAUGAAGGGAAAGGAAAACGAAGAUGGAGUAGCAGUAGCUGGUGGUGGAGAAGCAAGAAAAGGUGCGGAGAAUCAUGACCACAGAACUGGUUCGAGUACUUGUCUGGUAGAUGAAGACCAAGACCCAGCAACUACAAAAAUGGCAGAAGUAGGAAAGGAAGGAAACAAUGCCGGUUCACUUCGUGACUCUAGUACACCUUUAGAAACGCUUCUUGUUCAAGGUGCGAGGGGGCCUGGAGCUCCUAUAAAAAUCCCAAAAUUGAUCGUGCCUGGAGGACCCACAGCGACAGCCUCGUCUUCCUCUUCGUUUGCGAGUGCAGUAGAGGCUGGAAGAGGACCACUCCAGGCAGAAACGGGACAGCCAUUGCAUCAACACCCAGUCCCAGAUCAACAACCGCUUCUAGCACGUCCCCAAGCAGUAAAUCUUCCACAAGAUCAUGGACCAGAACGAGAACAACAUGAACACGUACAACGACUCGUUUCCGACAAUGUUUCUGCCCUUCUGUCUAAAGAACCGGUAAGAGCUUUGUUCCAAAGUGAAGCAGAGUCGUCUCACGUGAAAACCAACAGUCGGUUGCCGAGUAGAAAUAUAGCCAGCAGUCCUCCAGACGAGCUGACUGCUGGCACAGCGCGUCGCUUAGUGUUGCCAACGCCGAAAGGCGAAAGAGCUGCUGGGGAUUUGUUGUUAAGAAUCAUGGGGACUCAGAAACUUCUCUUGUGGAUUGAUGUCGCCGCAUUAGCGAUCGUAGCUUUUGAAAUUGCGUAGUAGCGUCGUGGCAGCAGACAAGAACCGUGGCUACUUUUGGUUAUACGUACUUGAUAGUAGAUCACUCGGUCAUUUUGCUCUUCUAAUUUGAAGGUACAGGAUGACUGAACGGUGUGGUCUAAAGCGUUAGAUAUACAACACGUAAAAUUAGGUAUCAUCUUCUAAUACCCGACGUGACAGUCACUAUACCCGAAGACGUGGAGAUGGAGGACGCAGAUGGGCAAGUUGCCAUGACGUCAUGGAAUGUUGGAGGCGUGCAACGUAUGAGCAUCGAUGGCUACGCUUCGUCACCUCCUCCGAGAGCGAACAACGUACACCAGGGGAGGUCUUCAGGACCUAUAUUUGGAUCUAGUAGUAGUAUGGCCUUUCCCAGUAGUACUUCGACGGGCGUUGGGGGUGCUGGCGGGCAACAGAGCUUUGGAAUUUCAGCCGUUAGAACUACAGGAGCAACUAGUACAACAGCAUUGUUAGGGGCCGCGGUUCCUACAAGCGGCUUUACUGGUAUCAACAUUGGCCCCACAGCUUCUAGUUCUAGACCACCGGGAGUAUCGCAGCAUCCGGGACGGCAUAGCAACAGCUUCCCAAACACAAUAAGUGGCCCUCCCCAAAUGAAUACUAUGUCUACCGCCCCUACAACAUCUACUUCGAGUUCGAUACGACCACCACCACAACCGCAGACAUCAUCAACAUCUUCACGUGGCCCACUGCUGAAUGCAGCGCAGGAUCUGAGGAGUACACUACUAGCAGACGUAGCGGAGCAAUCGGCAAGUAGUGGAGUAGAGGCACGCGCAGGAUUAGAGGAGGAUGAAGCUAUAUCAAGCCUCUUCGAACAAAGAAUGCACGUGCGAAGAAAACAGUAGUACUUAUACAGUUUAGGACUAGGAGGUUCUUUGGGUACAACUAGUAUUUUUAAGUGCUGCUCCUGAAACAUUUCAUUUUUACAAGUCUUCUGUACUUGAGAUUGCUACUAAUAAAUGAAUGGUCCUCUCAACCUUGAAUAGUACAAUUAUCUGCAUUUCUGAAGAAUGGACGAUGUGAUACGAAUGACCUAGUACUACGCACCUGGAAAACCAACCUCCGUUUUGAUCCGUGCAUGAUUUUAUGCAUCGACAAUGACAAGACUCAUCAGACUUUUCUACUGUAAAGAAGCCUCGUCCCUUGAUGCAACCUCAAAAUAUGUAAAUCACUCAGGUUACGGUUACCUACUACCAACCUCUGGCUACCUCAUGACUUGCAACCUCAUCAUUCAGGUUACCUACUACCAACCUCUGGCUACCCUGCUCGGAUGAGAGGCUCCCUCACGUCUUGCGUGUUGAGAUGCUCCGCGAGCUCUUCAAUGUAGAGGACAAGAAGUUAGCAGAAAGUUUGAAAGAGGUGAUUGUGGAGCUUAGGAAGCGGAAAAACAGAGAUGCAGCAGUCUAUGAGAUGCUCCACGGCAAGCCUCCUGCGUUGGAGAAACUUCUACGGAGCCAGUCUGCAUACUUUGAAUUUUUCUCAUUGGGACGGAGGGAAAGGGUGCGGUUAUUGCGGUGACAUGAGGCUGUUGCGAUGCUCGAGGGAAUGGGUGAGUGGAUUGCGCUUCCGAGGAAGUUGGUUCUCAGGUUAUAAGACUACUUACGCGUUAAAAAAAGUCUCUUAAUACUUCGGUCCAUGAAUAGUUUUGGGGUACUACUGUAGUCGCCAGAUGAAGAUGCUAGGUCAUUACCGCCUUAUCGUUGAAGAAUUCAUGGUUAAGUGCACCAGUUUUGAAUCCAGCUUCUUUUUUUUUCUGCUUUCCAUCAUCAUACUUUUGCGCAACUUUUCGAUUUUCGUUUUUCGAUUUCAAAUCAACCAGGACACAGACGAAGAUGUGCUGGGCAUCGUUCUAAGUGCCCUGUCGAUUCAGGACGAAAUUACUCCUUUUUUUUACAGACUUCGUUGUAACAAACUUCUGAAGUUAAUCAAGCGGGGAAUAGAAGACCAGAGACCCCCUGCUCGGGUGGAAGAACACAU